GCCGUCGCCACCUCCGCUGCUCGGCCCGGUCCGGUGCUGCGCGGCCGGCCCGCGGGGCGCGGAGCGGAGGCCCGCGGCCGGCCGCAUGAAGGACUGCGAGUACCAGCAGAUCAGCCCCGGGGCCGCCCCGCCGCCCGCCUCCCCCGGGGCGCGCCGCCCCGGCCCCGCCGCGCCCCCCGGUCCGGGCCCCGGGCCCCCGCCGCCCGCCACUGCACCGCGCUGGAGCGGCAGCGGCAGCGGCAGCGGGAGCCUCGGCCACCGCCCUCGGCGCAAGUGGGAGGUGUUCCCCGGCCGCAACCGCUUCUACUGCGGCGGCCGCCUCAUGCUGGCCGGCCACGGCGGCGUCUUCGCGCUCACGCUGCUGCUCAUCCUCACCACCACGGUCCUCUUCUUCGUCUUCGAUUGUCCCUACCUGGCCCACCAACUGACCCUUGCCAUCCCCAUCAUUGCUGCCAUCCUCUUCUUCUUCGUCAUGAGCUGCCUGCUACAGACAAGUUUCACCGACCCUGGGAUCCUGCCCCGGGCCACCGUCUGUGAAGCAGCUGCCCUGGAGAAACAGAUCGACAACACAGGCAGCUCCACAUACCGGCCGCCCCCGCGGACCCGGGAGGUGAUGAUCAAUGGGCAGAUGGUGAAGUUGAAGUAUUGCUUCACCUGCAAGAUGUUUCGGCCACCCCGGACCUCACACUGCAGUGUCUGCGACAACUGUGUGGAACGGUUCGACCAUCACUGCCCCUGGGUGGGCAACUGUGUGGGGAGACGGAACUACCGCUUCUUCUACGCAUUUAUCCUCUCCCUCUCAUUCCUGACGGCCUUCAUCUUCGCCUGCGUGGUCACCCAUCUAACGCUGCGCUCUCAGGGAAGCAACUUCCUCUCCACUCUGAAGGAGACACCAGCGAGUGUGCUGGAGUUGGUGAUCUGCUUCUUCUCCAUCUGGUCCAUCCUGGGCCUCUCAGGGUUUCACACUUACCUCGUCGCCUCCAACUUGACAACUAACGAGGACAUCAAAGGCUCAUGGUCCAGUAAGCGGGGCGGUGAAGCCUCUGUCAAUCCCUACAGCCAUAAAAGUGUUAUCACCAACUGCUGUGCUGUGCUGUGCGGCCCCUUGCCUCCCAGCCUGAUUGACCGGAGGGGAUUCGUGCAGUCUGACACCGUGUUGCCCUCGCCCAUCAGAAGCGACGAUCCAGCCUGCGGAGCCAAGCCUGAUGCCAGCAUGGUAGGAGGCCACCCCUGAACCAGGCUCAGUACUUGCCAACUGCUGGCCUGUUUGCCCUUCUGCACUCACCUGCCACCCUCCACACCUGCUGGGAUCCUUCCCAUUCCACCCAAGCGAAGCAGAGCUGCCAAAGACUCAAGUCUUUUCGUAUUUAUUUCCCAUCCUGCGUGGCUGCCCCUACACUGUUCCGUGGCUGUACCCUCUGCUCCCCAAACCCAGGUUCCCACGGCCAUGGGCCUGAGAUCCCCGCCAAAGCUGAUCAGUGGCAGGAGUGACAGGAUAGAGAGACCAGGGCCAGGCCACCCAGAGGACCACACCAAGUCUCUGUGCCAGGGCGAGCCCUGUGUGAGUGAGGGUGUGGACUGAGUGUGAUGCCUCCCCUUUGGGGAAGCUGCUGAGCCCAACUGAGCUGGGGUCCUGGGGUGAGGCACGGCCCAUGAGCAGCUGGCCCUGGACAGUGGGCUAUGGGAGAGGAUGCUUUCUUGGGCUGCUUUGGUUUGUGAGCUCCUUCAUUCUUUUUAUGAUGAUCAUUGUUUUUAAUUCAGUUUUUAUUUUUUUGUAUGGAGUUGAUCCAGUAUGAUAGAGCUGGGUUCCAGGUAGAGGAGGCAGAGUUGGGAGGUGAGUAGAGAGGCAGCCUGUAUCAGAGAGAGCCAAACCAGCCAGCCAGGCACCCAAGACCUCAGCUCCUACAUGAUUCCUGGGCAGCACACUAGGAAGUGGGGGGCCUUGCCCUUUCUCUGCCCGUGAAGGGUUCUCUAUGGGAUCCCAGCCUGGCCCCAAUCUCUCUCCCAAGUCAAAUCUGGGAUGGGUAGAUUAUACUCAUGCUGGCAAUACUUGAAACGGGUUUAUUAAUGCUGGGUAUUUUGCACAAUUUUAUAGACCUCUUUUCUACAUAGCAUUUUUAAAUGGAAGAAGAAGAAAGAAAAAAAAAAAAAGCCAAAUUGCUGUCUCUGUAGUGCCAGCUUAAGGGUUAUCAGAAGGCAAGCUGGUUUUAAUAAGUUUAUUGCAAGAGACCUUCUGGCUGUGAAUGAGAGUGUGUGUGUGCGUGCACACACAUGCUAGCCCUUGUACAAAUGUGGCUGGCUCCCACUUCCCCACAUGCCCUGGGCUGUCCCCUUCCCUGCCAUCGCCCUCCAGUGUAGGCUGGCAACAGCAGGAGCAGCCUGUACCAUGGGGACAGGGAACGUGUAUAUUGGUUACUAGAGACCCCUAGGCUCCUGCUGUGGCUCAGCCCCUCCUGCUACCUUUGCGUCCUGCAGGGACUUCAGACAGCCAGUGGCUAGAGACUCAGCCACCCCUGACCCCACCCCUGCCACCCAGGCCCCAGGUGAGGCAUCCAGCUGGGAUCUGCCUAGACAAGCCGAGGCUGGGUGUGGUGGAUGGGGUAAUGGAUGUGGGGAGCGGCUGCCAUCCUACAAGCCACACCCCCUCCUCCAAGCCCUGAGUAUGGGACCCAGUGCCAGGGGCUAGGGGACAGGGAAUCUCUGCCAACUGGAGGCCUCUGUCCACAGAAAAGGAAGGAAGGAGCAGGGCUGAGGCAAGUGAAGAUUGGCCUAAAUCUAGGCCAGAGACUCAGAGGAUGUCCCUCCUCUGCUGGGAGCUAUAGUUUCUUGUCAAAAUAGAUAGGAAAUGUCCCUUUGGCCCCCUCCUUGGCCCUUCAAGUGGGCUGAAGUCCUUGGAAAGUGACAUAGGAAGUCCCCUCAUCUUGCCCUUCCUUGUUCCAGAGGCUAGUGGGUCCCAGGCUGCUGCGAGAUGGCAGCCAGCAAGGCCCCCUCUGGGACAGCUUUGCCCCAGCCUCAGCGCCCUGAGCCAAGCAGCAGUAGCGCUGUGGGGUGGGGAGGAAACUGGCUGGAGGAGGGGACUCCCAUCUGCCUUUUAUUUAAGCCAGUAUUCUUUGUUCCUGCUUGUAAUAAAACUUUUGUUUUUAAGAGUU